UUCAUUAUCGACGGCACAAAGACAUUCCGCGUCAUAAACCAACCUCGACCCGUCAAAGUCCAAACAACUAUACAUCGCUGCCAUCAAGGUUCGCGGCUCCAUCGUGGUACUUCGCAACACGCCAUCAAGGUUUCGCAGUUGCCGGAGCCUACGUCGCCGCCAUGUCUCCCAUCCAACAGAAGACUAUGCGAGCCGUUGUGUUCAAGGGCCCAUUCGAAGUCGCUGUCGAGGACCGAGACGUACCAAAAAUCCUCCAGCCAACCGAUGCUAUUCUCAGAGUCACCUCCACCGCUCUGUGCGGCUCCGAUCUGCACUUCUAUCGAGGUCACUUAAAAUGUCCUCCUGGCUUCACUUGCGGUCACGAAUUCGUUGGCGAGAUUGUCGAGAAGGGUGAGGCAGUCACCAAGUUCAACUUGGGAGACAAGGUCGUCGUCCCCUUCUACACUGCAUGCGGCGAGUGCUACUACUGCGUCCGCGGUCAGGCCUCUCGAUGUGCCAAAGGCGAGCUGUUUGGUAACAGCGCUCCCGCCAACACCAUCAACGGCGGACAGGCGGAAUUCGUACGAUGCCCUCUCGCCGACAGCACCUUCGUCCUCGCACCAAAGGGUAUCCCGGAAGAGAUGCUGGUUCUGAUGGCCGACAUCUUCCCCACAGGCUACUUCGCCGCCGCACGCUUCCUCAAAGAUCUGCCAGAGCGCGACCGACGCGAAUACACCGCUGUCACAGUUGGCUGCGGCCCUGUGGGACUUUGCGCUAUCACCUGUGCUCUGACAAUGGUGGAUACCGUCUAUGCUAUCGACACCGUUCCGGCACGUUUGGAACAGGCGCGACAAUUAGGAGCAAUUCCGAUCAACCUUAACGACGAUCCAGUUGGCAAGAUCAAGGCUGCCACGGAUGGCCGAGGUGCCGACGUUGUGAUUGAAGGUGUCGGGCACGCGGACGCAUUCCACUUGUGCUUUGACAUGAUUCGACCAUGGGGCAUGAUCAGCAGUAUCGGAGUACACACUGAGACCUUCCCUGUCAACGGUCUUCAAUUGUACGGAAAGAACGUCACCAUGGCCUUCGGGCGCUGCCCUGUCCGAAGUAUCUUCGAGGAUGCGUUGGCCCUGCUUGUGCAGGAACACAAGAAGUUGAUGUUCCUCACGGGUGAGGUUCGUGAUCUCGAGACAGCUCCAGAGGCGUACAGAGCUUUCAAUGCGAUGGAGGUCGGAAAGGUCUGUUUCAAGAUCACCCGAAAAGAAGAAUAACUUGCACCGGAGCCGUAGAGGAAUAAAGACUGGGGAAUAAGCUCUAUCCAGCGGUUGGUGACUUGGUUAGUAUUUCUUGUCAUGGCUCCAUGGAAAUAUCACGUCUGCAUGUAUGGGAUCAAUCAUGGCGUUCCGUUAUCUCCGGCAGGAUCUCUAGAGAAAUUUGUCAAUUGGAUCAAAAG